AUGGCUGAACAUCAUAAUGAGAAGGACAAACACAAUAGGAGGAAUGAAGAGGAAAUCCUCUUUCCCGAGGAUAGCAUGGACAUCUCCGAUCAAAUAGGGAGAACGCUAGAAAAGUAUACUUCUCUCUUACUAAAAUGGUUGAAUGCAACAAUGGAAGGGGCUAUGAACAACCAUAUAGCUCAAAUGAUUAGAGAAGAGGUUGCGGUUAAUGUGCAACGAGAGUUUGAGAAAAGAGAUGCUAAGGAUAAGGGCAAGAAAACUGAGGAGGAAAAAGAAGUGGAGGUGACGGGAGAAAGAAUUUAUAAAAAGAAGUUCACUUUUAGGGACUUCGAAGUAUGCCACCCACCUGGUAUCACGGUGACCGUGAUCCCAUCGUUUGUACAAGAAACAGUGGGAAGAGAUAGUGGGAUGGUUAUGUCGGAGGCUGAAGUGACAAAGUUGAGAAGCGAGUUCCUCAAUGAUUGUCAAGGCAAUUUGAGCUUAAAUGAAUUCCGUGCUCAAUUCUUGGACAAGGCACAAGUUUUUCUGGAAUUUCUUGAGAAUGACCAAUUGCUAAAAGAGCAAUUCUAUUUAAAGUUGGGGAAGAAUUUGAUAGAGAAGAUAAGCCUACGCCAAAUGGAGUCUUUUUCCAUGUUGGCCGAUGUGGCUAGAGACCAAGAGAUUGAACAAUCAAGAGUGGAGGAAGGUGAUUCGAAAAGGAAGCAUGAGGACACAAAUUCUCCAAACAAGCGGUUUAGACAAGAGGGUAGUUCCGGUAACAACUCUACUAGAAGAAACAUUCCUUUUUGCCGUCAAUGCAAGAGGAAUCAUUCGGGGGUAUGUAGGGCGUCAGAGAAGGGUUGUUAUAAUUGCGGGAAACCGGGGCACACGAGCAGGGAGUGCAAGUCAAAACCUCACGACCCCGUUAUAUGUUUCAAAUGCUAUGAAGAGGGACAUGUGAAAAGUUCGUGUCCAAAAUUUACCAAAGAGGAAAGACUUGAGAAGAGGAGGAGGAAGGCGGAGAGAAAGAAUGCUCAAGCGCAUGGGAACCAACGAGGAAGGUCCUUUCAACUCACCGUGGAGCAGGCAAGGAACGCAGAUGACGUGGUUACAGGUACAUUUCUUGUGUAUAAUGUGCCUAUGCAAAUUCUUUUUGAUUCGGGGGCGAAUAGAUCUUUUGUUAAUUAG